GACUUUAAGUAACACGUUUUUAAUUUCAUUUUUUUACGGUAUUUUGUAAGAGAACUUUAAAAAUAUGUCUCUGAAGUACACUAAACAAUACGCCACCAGGGAACCGAGCUAAUAAAAGCUGUCGGCAUCGCCCGCCAUCUUUCCUUUCCCGGCGAGAGAUAUUUGUGGUUGAGUUCAAUCCGUCUUCAUCGCCUUUCUGAAGCAUUGAAUAUCUUCUUGGCAUUCAUUAGACAGCCAUAAUGGUGCAAAGGAAGAUCAAGGGGAAGAAGGGCAAGAAGAAGAUCGCGGCAGCACCUCUGUCCGCCAAGAAACCCGAACAGAAGAAAGCAGUAAACCCUCUGUUCGAAAAACGCCCGAGAAAUUUCAGCAUUGGCCAGGACAUCCAGCCCAAGCGUGAUCUGAGCCGCUUUGUACGGUGGCCCAAGUAUGUCCGCAUCCAGCGACAGAGGGCGAUCCUGUACCAGCGCAUCAAGGUGCCACCUCCAAUCAACCAGUUCACACAAUGCCUGGACAGACAGACGGCCACGGGUCUGUUCAAGCUGCUGGACAAGUAUAAGCCCGAGACCAAGGCCGCCAAGAAGCAGCGCCUGCUCCAGCGAGCGGAACAGAAGGCCAAGGGCAAAGAGGACGUACCCACACGUCGUCUUCCCGUGGUGCGUCAGGGUGCCAACACCGUCACCUCUCUCGUGGAGCAGAAGAAAGCCCAGCUGGUGGUGAUCGCCAACGAUGUGGACCCCAUUGAGCUGGUCCUGUUCCUGCCUGCCCUGUGCCGCAAGAUGGGUGUGCCCUACUGCAUCGUGAAGAACAAGUCGCGGCUCGGCCGCGUGGUGCGCCGAAAGACUUGCAGUUGCCUCGCCUUGGCCCAGACCAACCCUGAGGACCGUUCUGCACUGUCCAAGCUGGUGGAAGCUAUCAAGACCAACUUCAACGAACGCUACGAGGAGAUCCGCAAGCACUGGGGCGGUGGUGUCAUGGGCAACAAGUCUGCUGCCCGCAUCGCCAAGCUGGAGAGGGCACGAGCGAAGGAGCUGGCCCAGAAGGUGGCCUGAAAGGUUGCUGCCCAAUAAAGUUCUGUUUCAUUUC